AUGCCUACUCCUGCUGCUGUCAUAGUGUCGGCUAUAGCCAUGAUAUUACUUGCACCUGCAUCUGUGCUUACUUUGUGUCCUGCUAUGAAUGGGAGUGCUGUUGAUAUAACCAUUACCAAUAUUGGUCCUGAUGCUCUACAGCUCUAUCGUUUAAACGACCAAUGCCAAGAAGAGGCCGUCACAAUCUUACAACCACGCAGACAGAUAGUGGAGUCUACAUUUGUAAAUAAAGAUUGGCUGGUGAGGAAUGUGACUAGCCCUGCAAUGAUCGUAGAUCACUUUACUGUAGCUUUAACCAGCACACCGGGCAAUUUGUUUUGGGUGGUGUCAUCAGCCAACCCACACGGUUCAUUCAAUCCAUCGGGAGCUAAUGACACUGCAGGUCAUCCAUCAACUUCGUCUACAAACAAAAACUCGUCAGUGUCCAACAACGUAACGGCAGGUGCAGAGAGCAAGCAAGUCACUUCUCAGAGUAAUUCAAAUUCCUCGGCUACGUCUUCAGGCCUAUUCUCAUGGUUUAAGCCGAUUUAUCUCGCUUUUUUGGGUGCUGCACUAUGUGUCAUUGGGAUCAGCUUUUUUAUCUGGCAUCGAUUCCGUAAGAGUCAUCCGAAAACUCCAUCGUCUUUGCACGCUCGCACUCACUCGCAAAAACCAAAUAACCAACUUUCUCAGAUUGGAAUUGCUGAUACAAUGAAAAUGAAGCCCAUUCUGUCAGAGGGAUAUAGUAGCUACAGCAAUACAAGUCACAACACCAAACACUCGGACUUUUUUGAAUUUCCCAACUCAUCGGUUGCUGCUAGAGAUGUGAUGGGUCAGGGCUAUCCGGCAUCUACACUUGGUCCGUAUUUUGAGCCCACUAGCUCUGUUUUGUCAAUUGAGGAACAGGUACAUAAACACCGAGACUCGAAAUUGAGGGAGCUCAAAAUAUUGAACCAUUCAACCGAGAUACUGGGUCGGUUGGACGAAGCAUCUGGUGGAAGCACAAGCAUUCCAAAUGGCACGACUACUGAUCCUUCCUUAAUAUCAAGUUCUAUUCUUCAUACACCCAUGCCAUUGCAUGUCCUAUCAGGUACACAUUCCACACAUGCCAUGGCAACGGGAUCUAAACGCACAUCAUCCAUUCUCAGCACAAGUAUAAAUCCAAAAGAUGUCUCGACAGACGUGUCCAAUGCUCGUCACCAAUCAUUGCAUAUUGGAUCUGCACAAACUGUCUGGUGGGGAUACCAAGCCAAACAGCAUGAUGAACUGUCUGUUUGGUGUGGUGACAUUGUUCGAUUAAAUGCAAUGUUUGAUGAUGGUUGGGUAAUGGUAACGACCCAAGACGAUGUGGCUGGAGUAAUCCCUCGCGCCUGCCUAAACAUAUCCCAUACAGAGUAA